AACAACGAAGUAGCUAUAGAUUGGCCUUUGAGUUAGAAAUGUGAUUCUUCGUACUUUAGCCAGAAAAAAUAUUAAAAGAACAAAAAUUCUGUUUAAUCUCAGAUCUCGGACCGACAACGUUCUUAGAAAUAAGUGCAUACAAAAAUCCGGCUGGGACCGACAUGGAAUAGUCUCUAAAAGAAGAUGAAGAAACAUAGUAGCUAUCCCGGCUGACCUUGCGUGACACAAAAUUUCCGAGAAAUUACGACUGGCCCUGAGAGUCACGCUCACAAUUCCAAGAAAGAAAUUYGUUCCAGAAAAGGUUGUUUACUCGACAUGGAAUCCUUCCUUGAAAACCUCAAAAAAGAUGUCCAAUGUUCCUUGUGCAAUAAUACUCUUAUUGAACCCAAGAUCUUGAAAUGUUUUCACACAUUUUGUGAUCCUUGCAUAAAAAGACACGCCGAGCUGAUCGAGGAAGUCCAUGUCUUCAAGUGUCCUCGAUGUAAAUCAGACAUUCUCUUACCACAAGAAAAACUGUGUCAUACAUGUGAAUUACUAACUCUUCCGUCAAAAUUAUGCAGCCUCAAAGAUCUGAAAUCAAGUGUUCUACAUUCAAGGAUUUUGAAUGUUGUGACUUUAGCAGAAGGUAGGAAGAUUUGUUCUGUUUCUGAGAGUCAUUCUCCAGCAUCUUGGUAUUGCUUCGAUUGCAGUCGUUCGAUGUGUGACGAAUGUUUGAAGAAUCAUAAAACUUUUAUUGACAGUCAUAUGGUCAUAAACCUCGACGAAUUAAAGCUAGAAGACCUUGAAUUUAUCCUUAAAAGGGAAGGCGAUUGUAGUAGCUGUCGUAUUGGGCAAAGAGUUGAGGUGUUUUGUCGUACUUGUAAUGUGUUGGUCUGUGUGUUUUGCAUGAAGCAGGAACACAGAGAACACGAUUUGACAUCGCUAGACACAUUUGCUUCUUUGAAGAGAGAAAUAUUAUCUAAGCACUCGGAAGCACUGGAUAAGUUAAUGUUAAAUGAACAGGAAGUACAAGAACAGAAAAAUAUUGCUUUGUUUAUCACACAAAACGGACAAAAAGCCAUUCAAGAAGUGAAGGACAAAACAAAGGAAGUUAUAAAUAAUUUAAUACGAAAUGAACAAGAGUUGUUGAAGCAAAUCUAUAGCAAGAUGGACAGAGCGAUCAGAAACUUGAAUAUAAUCCAUCAUAUUCCAGCUGUCAAGGAAUACAUCAAUAAUAUAAUGGAAAGAGGAUUGGCAAGUGAAAUGGUCAACAUUCAAGAAACAGAAUCCUAUGAGGAUUAUAUUUUUGUCCCUAUUCAAAAGAACAAUAUCUCAGAGAUUGUUUUCGUUCCCAACGAAGAUUUCUUGAAACGUGGACAGAUGGUUUCCAGUAUCGGUGAAAUACAAACAAAGUUAAAAACAGACCAUGUUACGGACCAAACCUUUCUUCAACAAGUAAAUACAGAACUGGAAGAAAURCCGUCUUACUCUAAAAAAAACCAUACGAUGAGUACUGUUGAAGUGACAUCUGAAUCAGAAGCUCUAAGGAAAGAAAAGCUGAAGUUGAUAACCAAAACCUCUGCAGGAGAACCCAGUCAUGAUCCAGGUGAUGUUAUUAACCAAGCCUUUUUUCAACAAGUAAAUACAGAACUGGAAGAAAUACAGUCUUACUCUAAAACAGACCAUACGAUGAGUAAAGUUGAAGUGGCAUCUGAACCAGAAGCUCUAAGGAAAGAAAAGCUGACGCUGAUAACCAAAACCUCUGCAGGAGAACCCAAUCAUGAUCCAGGUGAUGUUAUUGAUGUUAAAAUCAGCCCUGAAGAUAAUGUGGAAAUAAAAGAAAACWAUGUGAGAACUGAUGGUAAACUAGAAGUGGAGUUCAUGCCUAAAGUAKUUGGUCAACUGACAGUAGAGGUUCAAGUGAAUGGGAAUAAUGUAUCUAACAGUCCACUWGUGAUAAAUGUGAAGCCACAGAAGAUGGGAAUAACAAGAGAGUUUAAGAUGAAAGGCGUGAGUGUAGAAUCUCGUACGUUAACAGGUGUCGCUGUUAACAAAAAGAAUAGCAAAGUAGCAGUUGCUUACGAGUCUCACAGUUCUGUGCAUGUGUUCAACACUGAUGGAGAUCUUUUGCUAAGGUAUGGUAGAAAGGGAAGUGGAGAAAGACAUUUGCUGAAACCAGAAGGAUUAGCAUUUUUGAAUGAGACAGACUUGGUCAUAGCAGAUAAUCGUAAUUACAGAUUAUGUAUAGUGAACACUACUACAGGUACAUUGGUAAAUAMAUUUGGUAAGCUUGGUAAAGGUGAAGGGGAAUUCAACGAUUCCUAUGGAGUACACGUUGAUGACGAUGAUAAUGUUAUUGUUGCAUGUGACUUCCAUAAUGAACGUGUUCAAGUCUUCACAAGAGAUGGGAAAUAUCAAUAUCAUUUUGGUUUGACCAAAGAGGACAAUUUUCAUCCAGUCAGCGCUGUAACAUACUUUGGACGGUUUUACGUGAGUGACUAUACGAAUAAUGUCAUUCACGUAUUUGAGAAAAAAGACGGUGUCCUGACUAAAAUAUCGACAAUUGGUGGUAAAGGAAGUGCUGAUGGUCAGCUGAGUGAACCAUGGGGCCUGGCUAUUGAUAAUGACCAUCAUCUACUGGUCUGUGAUCGUGGGAAUAACCGCAUCCAAAAGUUCACACUGGAUGGCCGUUUUGUAGGAAUAACACGUGAUAAACUCAAAGAUCCGCGCUUUGUAACGGUGUUAAAUGAUGGUAGCCUACUGGUCACUACUUUUCGAUCUGGUUUGUAUGUGGUAAAUAGGAUUUUGAACACAGAAAAUGAGACGGUGCUUGGGACACCUACUCGGAGAUCUGCGCGCACGCGUAGAAAGUGAUCUAUAGACCUUUCGUGUGAUAGCAAACAUGGUGCAUUGUGGUCUAGCUUGGGUCGUGAGAUAGCAAACAUAGUGCAUUAUGGUCUAGCUUGGGUCGUCAGAUAGCAAA